AUGUCGCCCUCUUCAUCAUCACUUUCCAUAGAAGAGGAACUGCCGCCAGAUGUGGAGAAGCGAAGCGACCGUGUAGAGGCGGCAAAUGAACAUCACUCAGGGACCGAUAAGGAAGAGGGCGAUUUCGAAGGGACGGCAAUCGAGGGUCAAGAUGCGUGGGCGAUAGAGCCGGAACCCGACAUUCUGAACACAAAUGCUGGAGGUCCUUCUGGCUCAAUCGCCAAGGUAUUGAGCCGGAUAUCGGCAAAUACAAAUUGGAACCCAGGUCCUCCGCCAGACGGUGGGCGAGCAGCUUGGAUAUGCGCAAUCGCCGGUCACCUAGUCAUCGCAAACACAUGGGGCUUUAUCAACAGUUUCGGUGUGUUCCAAGCAUACUAUGUCACACUUCUAGGAAGGCCGCCUUCGGAUGUAUCCUGGAUUGGAUCUUUACAAAUCUUCCUGACAUUCUUCAUUGGUACCUUCACGGGACGUGUAACAGAUGCAGGUUUCUUCCGACCAGUCAUGUUGCUUGGAACCUUCUUUGUAGCACUCGGGAUUAUGACAACAUCCAUUGCAACACAGUACUGGCAAUUUGUCUUGAGUCAAGGCAUAUGCAUGGGUCUUGGAAACGGGUGUCUUUUUUGCCCGACUAUAUCGACUGUUUCGACCUACUUCGACAAGAAACGCUCUUUCGCGAUCGGCAUCACUGCAGCUGGCUCAGUAACUGGUGGUCUGAUAUUCCCAGCAAUGGCAAGGCAGCUGCUUCCGUCAGUCGGUUUUGGCUGGGCGGUCCGCGCCAUUGGCUUUGUGCAGGUCGGUACACUCCUAUUUUCCAACUUCCUCAUGAAGUCUCGAUUGCCGCCUAGAAGGACUGGCAGUCUGGUCGAGUGGGGCGCUUUCAAGGAGCCCGAAUAUGUGUUCUACGCUGUAGGCAUGUUCUUCAAUUUCUGGGCAGUCUAUUUCGGCUUCUAUUACCUCGCCGCAUUCAGUCGCAGCGCCAUUACACCGAGCCUUUCUUAUACAGACUCGCUGAACCUCCUCCUGCUCGUAAACGGCAUUGGUGUCUUCGGCCGCAUUCUGCCAAACUUCUGGGCGGAUCAAGUUGGACCGCUGAAUCUCAUGAUACCGACCUGCCUCAUCACAGGCAUAGCGUUGCUCUCUUGGAUUGCCGUCGAUACCCCUGGGCAGCUGUACGCAUGGACGAUAUUCUACGGUAUAGCCGCGGGUGGCAUCCAGUCACUGUUCCCGGCUGGUCUGUCGAGUCUGACUACAGAUCUAAGAAAGAGAGGCACGCGCAUGGGAAUGACGUUCACGAUUGUGAGCUUCGCAACCUUGACGGGCAAUCCGAUUGCAGGCGCGAUAAUCUCUGCCGAGGGCGGCGGUUACAUGGGUGCACAGAUAUUCACCAGCGUAAGUAUUCUGGUGGGCAUGUGCCUCAUCUUCGCGGCUCGCUAUACAAGGCAGAGGAAGACGAAGAGUGGAUGGCGGAUGAAGAUGUGA